UCCCUUUCGGGGCUGACGCCCGCAAAUAUGCAGAAUUACCGGCCUGGUCGCUCCUAGAGCCAGCGCCGGGGAGCGAGCGCGGCGGCGGCCAGCACCGGGAACGCACCAAGGAAGAGGCCCAGCCCCCGCCCUCCGCCCCUUCCGUCCCCACCCCCUACCCGGCGGCCCAGGAGGCUCCCGGCGCGGCGGGCGCGGCGAGCGCGCACUCCCUGCUCCUCCUCCUCGGUGGCGCUGCCUGCCUCUCCGCACUCGCUGCUCGCGCCUGGCGCGCUCCGUCGGCUCCCUGCUCUCCGCGCCACCCUCCUCCGGGCCGCGCUCCCUGAGGGAUGGUACUGAAUCUCGCCGCCACAGGAGCCCGGCUGGAGCGCCCGCCCCGCGGCCUCGCCACCCCGCCGAGCCGCCAGCGCCUCGGGACGCGAUGAGGACCUGGGCUUGUUUGCUGCUCCUCGGCUGCGGAUACCUCGCCAGUGCCCUGGCCGAGGAAGCCGAGAUCCCCCGCGAGGUCAUUGAGAGGCUGGCGCACAGUCAGAUACACAGCAUCCGGGACCUCCAGCGACUCCUGGAGAUAGACUCCGUAGGGGCCGAGGAGCCUUUGGAAACCAGCCUGAGAGCCCACGGGGGCCAUGGCGCCAGGCAUGCGCCGGAGAAGCGGCCUGUGCCCAUUCGGAGGAAAAGAAGCAUCGAGGAAGCCAUCCCCGCAGUCUGCAAGACCAGGACGGUCAUUUAUGAGAUACCUCGGAGCCAGGUGGACCCCACGUCUGCCAACUUUCUGAUCUGGCCCCCGUGCGUGGAGGUGAAGCGCUGUACCGGCUGCUGCAACACCAGCAGUGUCAAGUGCCAGCCGUCGCGCGUCCACCACCGGAGUGUCAAGGUGGCCAAGGUGGAGUACGUCAGGAAGAAGCCAAAGUUAAAAGAGGUGCAGGUGCGGCUGGAAGAGCACUUGGAGUGCACGUGCACCAGCGCCGGCCCGAGCCCCGACCACCGGGAAGAGGAGGCGGAGACCCCUCUGUCUUGCUGGUGGCAUCCAUCCUCAGGGUUGCCUCAUGGCCCAAGAUGGCUGCAGGAUCUCCAGAAAUCACAUCAAGCUGUAGGCUGGAAGAAAGAAGAAGAUGUGAGGUGAGGAUGAGCCAGCAGCCCUUUUCCGGGACACGGAUGUACAUGGCGUGUUACAUUCCUGAACCUACUAUGUACGGUGCUUAUUGCCAGCGUGGUCUUUGUUCUCCUCCGUGAAAACUGUCUCCAUGCACACUCUGGAGAACAAAGAGACAGUAUACGUUGUUUAUGUGACAUCAAAGCAAGUAUUGUAGCACUCGGUGAAACAAUAAGAAGCUUCCUUGUCAAAAAAAAAAGAGAGCAAACAAAACCACGGAACAUGACAAACAAAACUCACUCACAAAAAUAUCUAAACGUUUGCCGGAAUGGAGGGACGCCCCGAGGGAUGGAAGUGACAGACGUCCCGGCAGACUGGAUCUCUUUCCAGGGUGGUCACAGGUGCUUUGGCCAAGGACACAGAGCCUGCUUUCUGAAGGCUGCGAUCGGAUGCCGCCGGGCUCUGCAGGGGCACGCAGGAGCCAGGAAUGUCUCGGAAACCACAUCUCCUUGCUGUCGUGUUUAAGUCUAUACAGAAACCUUCCUGAGAGCCUUAAGUGGAUUUUUUUUUACACCAUAAAGUGAUUAUUAAGCUUUCCUUUCUACUCUUGGCCUAGCUUUUUUUUUUUUUUGCUUUUUUUUUUUUUUUUUUUUUUUUAAUUAUCUCUUGGAUGACAUUUACACCGAUAACACCAGGCUGCAGUAACAGUCAGGACGGUGGGACGGUACCUUUCCUAGCAGGAUGCAAACAAAUGAGAUGUAUUAAAAUAAACAUGGUAUACCCACCUAUGCAUCAUUUCCUAAA